AUGUCCGAAGCCACCAACCAACCCAAGGACGCUGAAGAAGCGGCCUCCACCAAAGAGAACCCCCGGAUGCAAAAUCUCAAACUCACUCAAGCGUCCAUGGAUCCUCUCAAGGUCAAAAUGUCGCACUGGCAAAAGAAACUCGUCAUUCCGGGCACACCGUGGGAUAUUUGUGGAUACUCACGGAGUGCCUACCGCACAGGAUUCUACAUUGCCGCCUUGGACAUGCUUCUGGAUGCGGGUCCUCAACAUUUCGGCAAUCCCACCCACAUUCUCAUUACUCACACUCAUAUUGAUCAUUGUGCCUGUUUGCCAUUCACUUUGAUUGGAGACGAAUCCCAUCAGCCGCACAUUUAUGCCGUGGCCAAAGCGGGACCCCGCAUUUUGCAGUACGUGUCGGGCAUGUUUUCCGUCAAUGCCAUGGAAGACUGUGAUGCGUCGCCCUUUUAUACCUUUCAUGGACUCGAACCACAUUCACAAUUUCAACUUACGACCAAAAAGACCGACCUGGAGAUUCAAGUAUUCGAGUGUGACCAUCCCAUACCAACAAUUAGUUAUGGAUUUGCCGAAAAGAAACACAAGCUCAAAUCGGAAUAUCUGAAAUUACCCGGCAAGGAAAUUGGCAAGUUGCGCAAGGAAGGAGUCGAAAUCACGCAAGAGGUGGUCCAAAAGAAAUUUGCCUACGUUUGCGAUACAUCCAUUGAUGUGUUUGCCCUGAAUCCCUCCAUUUUGGCCUAUCCGGUGGUUUUUAUUGAAUGUACCUUUUUGUGGGACGACGAAUUGGAGAAUGCCAUUCAAACCAAGCACGUCCAUUGGAGCCAACUCAAACCCAUUGUGGAACAACACCCGGGCAUAGUGUUUGUGGCAUUCCACUUUAGCCAACGAUAUCGAGAUGACGAAAUUGAAGAGUUUUUUGCGAAGGAAAACAUGCCCAAUGUCAUCUGGUGGUAG